UUUGCACCACCUACCGGAUAUGUCGUCAUGUGUGACCUUCUCCCUGGUUCGAGACGACUCAAGUUUGACAUGAUUCAUAGGUAGCUACACGGUGAAGUUCAUCCCGACAGGAGCAUAAAAUGCAGUUACUUAUUUUUUGAAUGUUGUCACCACACAGGGUAUUGUUAAGGGCAAACGCACGGAACAAUGGUGAAAUAUUUCUGCUGUUUCGGUGUGCUCAAAAGCACUUGGGACCAAGUUUGUGUUGCAUUCUGGCAACGAUAUCCCAACCCAUACAGUAACCACGUUUUGACCGAGGACAUAAUUUUCCGAGAGGUUACUCCAACCAAUUGCCUCAUUUCAAGACGUCUGUUGACCAAAACUAGCCGUGCACCUCGCUGGAUGGAGCGGUACCUUCCGAAGCACAUGGCCAGCUCGGCAUAUAUCAUUGAGGACUCUAUUGUGGAUCCUCAGAAAAGGACCAUGACCACACUAACAUGGAACAUCAGCCAUGCUCGCCUCAUGUCCGUGGAAGAGCGGUGCGAGUAUCGAAUUAACCCUGAGAAUGGCAGCUGGACAGAGAUUAAAAGAGAGGCUUGGAUCUCAUCCAGCAUCUAUGGGCUCACUAGAGCUAUUCAGGAAUUUGGUCUUGCAAGGUUCAAGACCAGUGUUAUGAAGACCAUGAAGGGCUUUGAGUAUGUGCUGGCUAAAAUGCAAGGUGAAACUCCAUCAAGAACCUUAGCAGAAACCGCUACAGAGCGGGCACGAGAGACAGCACUGGCAGCUAAGGAGAAAGCCAAAGACCUUGCAUCACACGCCCAGAAGAAACAAUAUGUCUGAGCUACAGAGUUCACGGGUUCUUUUGCCACUGAUACUGGGACAGAUUUAUCUUUACCCCUUGGGUCCUCCUCUGGGGUAAGACAAACCAAUCCUGGUCAUGGGUAGACACCUCUGUGAGGAAGCAUCCAGCCGAAAUGGUGGGUGGACCAUAAAAGGCCUGAGCUGGGUUCAAGAGCCUGUUCCAGCGUCCCAGUUUGCGUCUUGCUGAAUAUGUCAUACCUUUGAUACCAGAUCAUCUCAGUAUUUACAACAGUUACAGAGCUUAGAAAGGAACGGUUGAAUAUGACCGUGGGUGCCAUAAAAUGAUAAUAGCUUUUUGCUGGCCUUGAUACUGUUCCUGAGACCUUUGCUCAAUCUCUACAUCCAUCAACACUUGCUUUUAACUCUUUUCCUCUGAGUAUGUCAUUUUAUAUAAUUAACAGCCUCUUGCCCAGGAGCUAAGAUUAGCCUACCAAUCUCUGAUUAAUGCAAAUGUAUGUGCAUGAUUUACAUCUGUUGUGUUUUUUGUCGCUAUUCUGUUAUGUUUUACUUAAGUUCGCCCAACCAUAUCUUAAUCAUCCUACUGAGACUGAUUGCUUCAUGCUCAAGUUCAUUGACUGAAGGGUCCAUACUGUUGGCUGACAUGGCUUGAAAUUAGUCCCUGAGCACUCUUGAUAUUGUGAGAAGACGCGGCUGUAGUGGAUGUCAUGUUUUGGCCUAAAUUCAAAAUGUGUGUACAAAGACUGAAAGGACACCUUGUAUUGUACUUUCAGCUAAAGUCUGAUGAUAUAAUCCUCCCAACAAUGUGCUCUUACUGCACCAAUCAAACAUAAGCUUGUCAAUAAAUGGACAGCUUCUUUGUAAGGA